UUUUAAUUUAUUUAUUUUGAAAUGUGUUUUUUUCUUUUUGUGGAGUUUGUUGAGGGACUCCAUAACUUGUUCAAAUUUUGUUUGAACAAGUAAUAGCACAAAUAAAUGCAAAUGGCCAUAAAAACUAUCAAAAUUAAAUUAUUAGUUACUUUAAGUAAACAUGUUGACCCCAAACUAGGAAAAAAAAGGAUUUGGACAUUCAAUUCAAAAUGCAAGAGGCAAAUUUUAAAACAAAGCCAACUCUUGGUAAUAAAAGUGAGUGUCACAGCACUAGUUUAUAUAUAGUAUACCAACCUUCUCUUCCUUGUAACUUACCCUUUAUCAAUGGCGGAAAUUUUACAUGAUUUUUUCCCAUUGAUGAGAGUUAACAAAGAUGGUCGAAUCGAGAGGCUGGCCGGCGAAGGUUUUGUCCCAUCUGAAUCUGAUCCUGAAACCGGAGUACAAAUCAAAGACGUUCAAAUUGAUCCACAAAUUAACCUAUCAGCAAGACUUUACCUGCCCAAAAAUGUCGACCCGGUUCAGAAAAUUCCCCUUUUCGUCUACUUUCACGGCGGCGGCUUUGUUAUCGAAUCUGCUUUUUCUCCUACCUAUCACAAAUAUCUUAGCCUGGUAGCAGCUGAAGCAAAAGUCGCGAUCGUCUCUGCUAACUACAGGUUAGCUCCUGAGUACCCUUUACCCAUAGCUUAUGAAGAUUCAUGGCUAGCUCUCAAAUGGGUCACUUCACAUGCCAAUGGUGAUGGUCGUGAACCAUGGCUAAAAGACUAUGCCGAUUUCAAUCGUGUCUUUUUAGGCGGAGAUAGCGCGGGUGGUAACAUCGCACACCAUAUAGGCAUUCGGUUAGGGUUGGAAAAGUUUGAGGGUGUGAAAAUUGAUGGGAUUUUCCUUGCGUGUCCAUAUUUCUGGGGAAAGGAUCGUAUUGAGGGUGAGGGAGAAAACUUGCUUGCCAAGGAUUUCGUUGAGGACCUUGUGUUGGUUGGGAAUCCCAAUAGCACGGGGUUAGAUAAGGAUCCUAUUGACUUAGGUUCCAAGAAUCUCUUUGAGAAGCUAUGGUUGUUUGUGAAUCCCACCAGCUCGGGUUUUGAUGAUCCGUUGAUUAACCCGGAAAAGGAUCCGAAAUUGUCUGGGUUAGGGUGUGAUAAAGUAGUUGUCUAUGUGGCCGGAAAAGAUCCGUUGAGAUUCAGGGGAUUUUACUACAAGGAGGUGUUGGAGAAGAGUGGGUGGCCGGGGACGGUGGAGGUUGUGGAAGUUAAAGGCAAGGGACAUGUGUUUCACCUGUUUGUUCCUGAAGCUGAAGAAGCCAUAGCCAUGCUGAAAAAAUUGGCCUCUUUCCUUAAUCAGUCAUAGGCCCCACUCAUUUUUAAUCUUGUUUGUCAUGGAAAUUCAACUAUAUAAUAAGGCAGCAUGAGCCAAAGCAAAUGAAUUAAGUACCAUUUUUGUGAGUGAAUGAAUUAGACGUAAUUGUGUUUUUGUUGCUCAAAACCUUAAAGUGAUUAAUAAAAUAUCUUUAAAGUCUUGUGAAAA